AUGGAGUUCACACCAGGCAUCACAACAAAAUUGCAGCCUCUUUCAGCCUUUGAACAUCCUUCCCUCGCCUCAUCAAAGGCUGGCCCAUCCAGUAAACACCAAAAAGCCGAGAAAGCCCGUUACUCCGAGAUUCAAAUCAAACCAACCAGAGGAACUCCCAUUCCCUCACAUUUCUAUCUAAUUCUCAAUGGACAAACCGGUUUCAUCGUAAUCAGUACUCGUACAGUCUUUCCGAUUCGAAGCAUCAAGCAAUCCGUCCCGAGCCAAUCGUCCAAAACUUGA